AUGUUAGGUGAAGAAGAUAUAUAUGCGACUCUUGAAUGCAAGAUGGUUCUUUUUGUAACAAGUGACAUUGUAUGUACUAGAAUGCUGAAAGUUGAAGAAGAUUCGUCCAGUAAUGGCAGUUUGCAAGAUCGAAAUGCAAGUAUAUUAAUAGUCUAUACUCCACAUUGGAUUCGAGUAGCUCGCUAUGCUCAACCGGUCAGAGCUAGAUUUACAUUUGCGAUAAUUUCGAGAAAUGCCAUUUGA